GCAGAGAUGUUAGCCGAGGGUCUGGAUUGUUGUAUCGCCCCGAUCUCCUGAAUUCAGCCGCAAAGCGUCGAUACCGUUUUAAAAUCCGGGUCCAGGAGAGGCGAUAGACGAGACAACGAUGUAGUCGUUUGUUUUUCGUUCUUAUUCUCUUAAUUCAUUUCGUGUGUGUGUGUGUGUGUUUUUUAUGUUUGUCAUUAUUUUUUGUUUUCAUCGCCGCACCCACACAUCUCUUUCUAAUUUUUUAGCUAGCUAACCUUUCCUGUGAAUCGCGUACUGUUGUUUUAUUAACAGAACCGCUACGAGAAAGCGUCGGCGUUAGCUCAGAUUUUCUAAGAGGGCUGAACGGAAAUCAUAUUUGUGGAUUUUGCUAAUGUUCACUAGCUGCCAGAUUCACAACACGUCUUCACCAGCCGUAGCCUAGGGUGUAGUUAACACGUUAACGCACGAUAGUCAUCAUGACAGGCGAGAAGAUACGCACCGUGCGAAAGGACCACAAAAAAACUAACAAAAAUGAAGAGAUUAUGGACGCGUACGAUGAGACCUCCAACGGCACUAUCCCUAAUUGUACUAGUAAACAUUUCAAGUCCAACAAGGCUUUCCAGAAAUCAGUCAAAACCUCGGUACAGCAGCAGCAGCAACUCAAUGCCAACAAUAUCAAUGACAAUUCGUCGGUUGGCACUAUUGUCAACGACAACAACAAGAACCCCAUAAUUCUGAUAAGUGAGGGCUUGGAGUUCCCUGUUCAUGAAUGCGUGUUUAAGGGAGAUGUGCGUCGGCUCUCCUCUCUCAUCAGGACCCACAGCAUCUCCCAGAAGGAUGUGCAUGGGAACACACCUCUUCACCUGGCUGUGAUGUUGGGCCAAAAAGAGUGUGCUCUCCUCCUGCUGGCCCAUAAUGCACCUGUAAAGAUAAAGAAUGCACAGGGAUGGAGUCCUCUAGCAGAAGCCAUCAGCUACGGUGACAGGCAAAUGAUCACAGCAAUACUGCGGAAGCUAAAGCAGCAGUCAAGGGAGAGUGUGGAGGACAAGAGGCCAAAAUUACUCAAAGCUCUCAGAGAGCUCGGUGACUUUUAUCUGGAGCUGCACUGGGACUUUCAGAGCUGGGUGCCUUUAUUGUCCCGGAUGCUCCCAUCUGAUGCCUGUAAAAUCUACAAGCAGGGCAUCAAUAUCAGACUUGACACCACUCUCAUAGACUUCACUGAUAUGAAAUGUCAGCGCGGCGAUCUUAGCUUCAUUUUCAACGGCGACGCUGCACCCUCCCAGUCCUUUGUGGUUCUGGACAACGAAGCAAAAGUGUACCAAAGAAUACACCACGAGGAGUCAGAGAUGGAGACAGAAGAGGAGGUGGAUAUUCUGAUGAGCAGCGACGUCUACUCCGCAACUCUCUCUACCAAGUCCAUCACUUUCUCUCGUAGUCAGAUCGGCUGGCUCUUCAGAGAGGAUAAAACAGAGAGAGUUGGAAACUUCCUGGCUGACUUCUAUGCAGUGAACGGUCUGGUGCUGGAGUCAAGAAAACGGCGGGAGCACCUAAGUGAAGAAGACAUCUUGAGGAACAAAGCCAUCAUGGAGAGUUUAAGUAAAGGAGGCAGCAUCAGUGAGCAGAAUUUUGAGCCCGCAAGGAGGCAGUCCCUCACAGCUCCAGCCCCCAACACAAUUUCUUGGGAAGAGUACAUAACUGCGGAGCAUGGAAAGCCACCUCAUCUUGGCAGAGAGCUUGUUUGUAAGGAAAGCAAGAAGAACUUCAAAGCUACUGUAGCCAUGAGCCAGGAUUUCCCUCUAGGCAUUGAGUCGUUACUAAACGUGCUGGAGGUCAUAGCCCCGUUCAAGCACUUCAACAAACUCAGAGAGUUUGUUCAGAUGAAACUUCCGCCUGGUUUUCCCGUCAAACUUGAUAUCCCCGUUUUCCCCACGAUCACAGCGACCGUCACCUUUCAGGAAUUCCGCUACGACGAAUUUGAAGAGUCCAUUUUCUUCAUCCCCACUGAUUACAAAGAGGAUCCCAGUCGCUUCCCAGACCUCUAAUAUGUAAAUGGGAAAUGACCAGCAAGUUUGGGAGGGUGGAGACAAAAAAAAAAAAAAAAAAGGAAUAUUGUGUUGUUUUAUUCUGUAUUUAUUAGCUGUUAAAAGGAAGGGGUGGGCCUUACUGAUCAGUUGUUCCGUUUGCCGAUGGAUCCAAAGCAAAUCAAUGCAAACAGAUGUUACAGAGCGCCACCUCACAUAUAGAUGUACCGGCAGUCGUUUUUGUGAAAUAAAUGAAAGCUUUCAUUGUACUCGCUGUUCAACUGAGCAGUUAAAUCCACUGCUCUGUGCUGCUGUUCUCUACUCUGAAAGCUGUCAGACGACGCAGCCCAGACUCUUCAUCGUCACUAUUUUAAUAUUUCCCUCAUCUUCAAGGACUGAGAACUGACUUCUCAUUCUUGAGAUUGCACUGACGCCCUCAUAUGUAAAUAAUUCACGUCUGUCCUUCACAACAAAAAGAAUAGCAAAUAUCGCUAUAUCCUCAAACUGUGCUUAAUAUUCAUUUAUAUAUCAUGUAUUAUAUAUAAAGAGAGAGAUGAACUCAGAUGAGUAACACUGUGUAGCAAUACAUUUCCAGUACUUAAGAAUGUUUUUAACCAGCUGGGACACGGUUUAGCAUUUAAAAAAAAAAGAAAAUCCCACAUUGCUACAGUUCGAUAUCCAAGCCUUUCCCCCCGUGCAGGGACGCAGUCUCCUGCAUUUUCAGGUUAGCUCAUGUUACCUCUCGGCUGUCUCCAUGUUUGUCGUGAUCGUAUGAAUUCUGUGCUCAGUGUGUGAGUGAGUAACUGUACUGUAUCGAGGGUUGUUGUAUGUACGUUUGUGUGUGGGAGAACCCAGGUGAGAUAUCAGGUAAACUGUUCUUAGUUUAACACUGCACUGAUACGAAGUAUAUUUAAGGCAUGCUGUGGCCGUGUUGGCCUCCUGGAUCACAUGCAUCUCCAAGGUAUAUUCUGUUAUACUAGCUGCAGACUAGCUGGUACUUAGAUUAAGGAGAAACUGAAAAUUAGAACAUGGACACUUAGAAAACCUUUUAGUGCUUACAAAUUCUCUCCUUGAUGGUAGUCUGCUUAUAUAAUUAAUUUUUUAUUUAUAUAUAUAUAUAUAUAUAUAUAUAUGUAUACACAUAUAAAUGCAAGUAGAGGGAACUAAGCUGUGAAGUUGAUCAUUGCUGGAUAUUUCAAUUGUCCAGAUAAGAAAUGAUCUGAUUCAUUGAGCUGUUUCUGGCUUCAGCUAAUCUGUAUUGCAACCAUACCUACUUCACUUCCCUUUAAAUAAAGCACCAGCAUCAUCUUUCAA